CUGUCUCGCUCGCAUUUCCUCCCUCCCACCCGCCGCCACAGCCAAAGCCCAAGUACAGUAGCCCGUGUACUGCCCGCCGCGCCCUUGGUCUCCGUCCACCUUGGAUGCGCCUCGCCGCCGCGCGCGCCAUGGCAUCCGCCGUCGCCACUAGCAUGCCCAUGCCCGCCUCCUCGCCCGCCGCCGCCGUGUCCUACGGCUGGCUCGGCCCGCGCCUCUCCUUCGGCCGCGACUCCAAGGAGCCGUCGGAAUGCAAGGCCGCGGCGGAUCAGGUCUCCAAGGAGUUCAUCGACUUCGAGUUCAGCCUUGGCGGGUCGGCCACCAUGCUCCCCGCCGACGAGCUGUUCGCGGACGGGAAGCUGCUCCCGCUUAGGCCGCAGUCGUCCGCGGCGGCGGAGCCGGCGGCUGAGAUCCAUGCGGCGACGACAACGGCGCCUGAGCUGGUGAAGACGACGCCGCUCCGGCCUUCUUCUUCGUCCAUGGCGGAGGCGUUCGACCCGUACGUGUUCUCCCCCAAGGCGCCCACGUGCUCCAGCCGCUGGAGGGAGCUGCUCCGGCUCCGGAAAGUCCAGACCCCGCCGCCGCCUCACAAGCCUUCUCCGUCUCCGGUGCCGGCGACCCCGUCGAGAGCUUCCAAUUCGUCCGCAGCCAGGUCCCUCAAGCUGCUCCUCCUCCAACGAAACAGCGGCGGGCGAGCGUCUGACCUCUCCUCUGCGGCGGCGCCGCUCCUCCGCGACAGCUCUGACUCCGAGGCUUCCCUCUCCCUCGCCUCCUCCCGCUUCUCCCUCUCCUCUUCGUCUUCCUCCUCCGCCCACGACCACGACGACUUCCCCCGCCAUUCCCUCGACUCCGUCGACGUCACCCCGAAGCCCCGAAUCCGCCUCGUCCGCUCCUCCCAACCCACCCCCCACCGCCACCCGCCGCCGCCGCCCCAUUCCUCCGCGCCACCCCGCGCCGUCCACAGCCCGGCGCGCCGCCGCCCGGCCACCACCCCGCCGCCGCCAUCCGUCGCCUCCGUGGACUCCCCGCGCAUGAACUCCUCCGGCAAGAUCGUGUUCCAGGGCGGGCUUGAGCGCAGUUCCAGCUCCCCCGCCGGCAGCGUCCACCGCUCCAGGUCGCGCGUCAUGGACAGGUCCUACUCCACGCCCGUGGUGCUCAACGUGCCCGUCUGCGCGCGCCCCUCCUUUGGGUUCUUCAAGGACAAGAAGGAUUCGGCUGCGGGGAAGGAGGCCGCGGCGAGGCUCCGGUCGUCGCUUGGCCGGAAGACGACGGCCGCCGGCGGAAGCAGCAGCGUGAGUUGCAGAGAUCUCGGCACUGGUAGCAAAUGCAAUUAGUUGAUUUAUUAACCCCUUGUUUUGACUAGGCUAGGCGUAGCGGUAGCAUGCAAGUAGCCCUAAUUAGGUGGUAGCAUUUCCUUUGCAAAAGAAAAGAGAACAAAAAAACAGUCUGAGGAAACUAGUUGGAGUGAUCCAGAGAUCGAAGAGGAAACAAAUUGGUACUAGAUGUUGUUAUCCUGGUGAGCUCUGAUUUUGUUCUUUGUUGUUAGGAGAGGAUGCAUGGAUGUCUAGAACCCCAGUCCACUGUAAAUUUUGUCUCAAAUGUUUUUGGCAAUCCUUUCCUCUAAACUCUCAGUCCUGUUUCUUGUUGUAAGCAAACUUGAUCCCUCAAGAGAUGAAAAAACACCACGAAAAUUAACUCUGUUCAUGUCU